AUGGGUGUGCGCUGGGAGGAGGUUAAGGGAAGAAAACACGUGCGUUGGUCCUGGGAGUCCCUGUCCAUCGACGUGGGUCACCUGGUUCUGUGUCUUCCUAAGUCCGAUACUCUUGGGUUCAUCUCGGAAACUGUGAACGAUGUAGACCACGGGGAGCAUGCCCCACAGGGAGCGGCCCUCCUGGGGAGACCUCCUGGGGACAGUCCCACGGGGGUGCUCUCAGCCCAGUCCCUUGCAGGACGGAAGGCCCUGACGCGAGAGCUGAGCGCCUGGCUGCUGAUUUGCGCCUGCAUGGGCGCCUGGGUCGGCGCGGCCGUCUCCGUCCAAGGGGAAGGAGGGCUCGGGGCCGGGUCUGUCACCUGUCUGAACAACAACAUCCUGAGGAUCCACUGCCGCUGGUCGGCCCCGGAGCCGGGCUGGGGCCCCCAUGCCUGGCUGCUCUUCACCAGCAACCACGCACCGGGUGGCCGGCACAGAUGUGUCUUCCGGGCCGGGGAGUGCACCCUGGUGCUGCCCCCCGAGGAGGUGCUCGUGCCUUCCGACAACUUCACCAUCACGCUGCACCGCGGCGUCUCUGGGCAGGAGCAGGUCAGCCUGGUGGACCCGCAGUACCUGCCUCGGAGACAUGUGAAGUUGGACCCUCCCUCUGACUUACAGAGCAACGUCACCUCUCACUAUUGUGUCCUGACUUGGAGGGUCAGCCCUGCUCUGGAGCCCCUGACCGCCAUCCUCAGCUACGAGCUGGCCUUCAAGAAGCAGGAAGAAGCCUGGGAGCAGGCCCGGCUCAGGGACCGCAUCGUCGGGGUGACCCGGCUCUCGCUGGAUGCUGUGGAGCUGGACCCCGGGUCCCGCUAUGAGGCCCGGCUGCGGGUCCGCAUGGCCACCCCGGAGAUGGACGUGGAGGAGGAGCUGCGCUACGAGGGCCAGUGGAGCGAGUGGAGUCGGUCUGCGCGCUUCCCCUCACCCCAGAGCCCUGCCCGAGGCCCCCUGUCCUCCUCUUGGGGGCAGCCCAGCAGCAGCACCCUCGUUGCUGUGCCCGUCUUUCUGCUGCUGACCAGCCUGACCUACCUCGUGUUCAAGCUUUCACCCAGGGUGAAAAGGAGCCUCUCCUGGAACGUGCCCUCUCCGGCGGCCUUCUUCCAGUCCCUCUACAGUGUGCACCACGGGGACUUCCAGACCUGGACAGGGGCCCACAGAACCGGCGUCCUGCCGAGCGGGGACAGUGGCCGUUCCCCACGAGGAGCCUCGGAGUCUGGCGUCCAUGAGGACAUCGCGUGGCUGACCUAUGACCCGGUGGACCCCUGGCAGUCCGUGGUCCUGGAGGAGGAGCAGGAGGGCCCUGGGGCCGGCCUCCUGGAGGCUGCGCUGCUGGCCGGGCCUGUGGUCCAGGGAGGCCAGCCGCCCGCCUACCUGCCGCAGGAGGACUGGGCCCCCACAUGUCCCCUCAGGCCAGCCCCCCCACCGUCAAAUGGCGGCAGCGGCGACUACUGGACCCUGGGCUGCUCCGGGGGUUGCCAAUCCCCCACCUUCCCAGGAAACUCACCGAGUGCAGGGCCCAGCCCGGCUUUGGCCCGGGGCCCUUCCUGUAACCAGCAGAGCCUGGACGCCCGGCCAGGAAGUAGUGCUGUGGGAGCCAGUCACGGCGAGCGGCAAGACCCCGCUGCACGGGUCGUGUGAGGACCCCAGGGCCUUUGCUUCGCCCCCGCCCUUCAUAGUCACCCGGUUUCAUCUAGAACGCUGACUCGGCUGACUGCACAAAGUCCGUUUUGUGGAAAACGGAGGAAAGUCUUUCUGAGAAUGGAGCCCUGCGCAGACGUCCUGUCC